ACACACAUUAAAAAAGUUCUCCUUUUUCUUCUGCAGAAUGUGGUGGGAGGUGGAGGGAGGAGUCUCGGCGGCUCAGUCCUACCCCUCCUCCUCCUCCUCCUCCUCUUCAUCCUCCAGAAAACGAGCCUGCAGCUACAUGACUGUGGGACUCCUGUGUUUGGGUGCAGAGGGAGCGCAUGCCACAGCAGAUCUGAAGGGAGAAACUCACGAGCCGUCCCAACAUGAUGGGAAGAACCAGUUUGGUCUUCAGCCUCAUCGUAGCAGCAUUUUUCUCUGGCAUCGCUGCUCAGAGAACAGAUUGUGAAAACGCCACCGUGGCCGACAUCGUCUUCCUAGUUGAUGGCUCCUCCAGCAUCAGCCCUGGAAACUUUCAGGAGGUCCGGUCUUUUCUCCGCAACUUCAUCAAAGCCCUCGACAUCGGCCCCAACAAAGUUCGUAUCGGCUUGGCUCAGUACAGUGAUGAACCUCAACAGGAGUUCCUGCUGAAGGAUCACUCUGACAGGAAGUCUCUGCUGGCCGCCGUGGAAAAAAUUAAACUACUAGGAGGAGGCACUGAAACAGGCACUGAAACAGGCAAAGCCAUCGACUUCCUCCAGAAGCAGUACUUCACCAAAGAGGCGGGAAGUCGAGUUGACCAACGGGUGCCUCAGAUCGCUAUAGUUAUCACGGAUGGGGAGUCCUCUGAUGAGGUGAAGGAACCCGCCCAGAAGCUUAGGCAAGACGGAGUCAUUGUGUUUGGCAUCGGGGUGGGAGAAGCCAACCAGAAGCAGCUUGAGUCCAUCGCCAACUGGCCUCCAGAUCGCUUCCUUCAGUCAUUAGAUAGCUAUCAGGCUCUGCAGGAGCUGAUGGAAGAGCUGCUGGAAACUGUUUGUGUCGCAGUGGUAGCUCAAAAGGAAGCUUUGGCAGAAAGGUAUGCAGAUAUUUUCUUCCUGGUGGACAGCGGCAUAGUUCAAGGACAAUUCACGUUAUUUAAAUCUGAACUUCAGAAAUUGAUCAAUCAAAUUAACGCCGGAGCGUCCACGUACCGUGUCGGUGUGGCGCAGUACGGUCAAGAUACCCGGGUUGAAUUCCUUCUCAAUGCUCAUCAAACUAAACAGCAACUCAUAUCUGCUGUCAGAGGUUUCCGCCUGCGCCCACAACCCAACCAACUACCUCAACUGGGUAGGGCUCUGCAGAACGCCAACACUCGCUUUUUUACCAGACAAGCGGGGGGCCGUGCACACCUAGGCGCCCGACAGUUCCUGGUCGUUGUGAGUGGAAGAGACUCAGAUGAUCCUGUGUCUAAGGAUGCUCAAAGGAUCAAAUCAGCAGGGGUUACUGUUGUUGGGAUGAGUGCAGGUGCAAGUAUGGAUGCCUUACAACGCUUUGUCAGUUCUGGGUACGCAUUUGAUUCUCCCAGAGUACUUAUUUUGAAGGAUUCCAUCUUGACUGAGAAAAAGGACGACAUUACUGAAGAUUGCAGAGGAGCCAAUAUUGCAGACAUUGUGUUCAUCGUUGAUGAGUCGGGAAGCAUUGGAACCGAAAACUUUAAGCUGGUGCGCACUUUCCUGCACUCGAUUGUGAGCAGCCUGGAUGUAAGACCGAAUAAAGUCCAAGUGGGCAUCGUUUCGUACAACGAGGAGUCCACAGCACGGGUCUACCUCAACACAUUCGAUAACAGGGAGGAAAUCCUCCAGUUCAUCAAGAUCCUGCCUUACAGUGAAGGUGGAACAAACACUGGAGCUGCCCUAAACUUCACUCGGGACAAUAUCUUCAUUGAGGAAAGGGGUAGCAGGAAAAGUAAGGGUGUCCAGCAGGUGGCGGUGGUGAUCACCGACGGUGAAUCUCAGGACAGAGUGCAUGAAGCAGCAAUCAGUCUCCGUCGGGCUGAUGUCACCGUAUACUCUGUAGGAAUCGAAAAUGCCAACAUGGAAGAACUGAGGGACAUGGCGUCUCACCCCAUUGAUAGGCAUGUUUUUAAUGUCAACAGUUUCACCGAGCUGAAGGCCCUGAAGCACAGCCUGCAGAAAGUCAUUUGCGAAAACAUCAUUGACCAAGCCGUCAAAGUCAGUACAAGGGAAUCCGACAUCAAAAAAGCAUGUGUAAAAAAGGAUGAAGCAGACAUCUUCUUUCUGAUGGACGACUCAGGGAGCAUUGGGAACCAAGACUUCAAAGACAUGCAAAACUUCAUCAUCAACUUUUUUCGUACCUUCAAUAUUGGGCCAAAUCAUGUCCGCGUCGGGCUUGUGAAAUAUGCUGAUGAUCCAACUUUGCAAUUUGACCUGACAGCCUCCUCAAAUGUUGAUAACAUGGAGACAUCCGUCAAGACUAUUAGACAUGAAGGAGGUGGGACAGAGACAGGAAAAGCUCUAAAAUCCAUGGGCCCACACUUUAGGAGAGCGAUGCAAACUCGUGGUCACAAAGUCCCAGAGUACCUGAUUGUCAUCACAGAUGGGGAAUCCACUGAUGACGUCACGGCUCCAGCAGAAGAACUGAGGCAGCAGGGUGUCAUCAUCUUUGCCAUCGGGGUGAAAGAGUCAAACCAAGCUCAGCUAGUAGAUAUUGCAGGCGACUCCAAGAGGACUAUCCAGGUCAAUAAUUUUGAUGCCUUGAAAUCCAUCAAAAACAACAUCAUCACAGACAUCUGUACUGACGAUUGCAAAGAUGUACAGGGCGACAUAUUUUUCUUAGCUGACGGCUCUGAGAGCAUCUCUAAGGAUGACUUCAAGAAAAUGAAAGAAUUCAUGAAAGCUGUCAUCCGCAAUCCCGCCAUCGAGCAGAAUAAGGUGCACGUCGGUCUCAUGCAGUUCAGCACUGACAACAGGCUGGAGUUUCCCCUCACCCGCUACUACAGCAGAGAGGAAAUUCUGAAAGCCAUCGAUAAUAUGAAGCAGCUGGAUCAAGGCACGCUCACAGGAAAGGCCCUUACUGAGGUGUCACAGUAUUUCGAUAAAACCAAUGGAGGGCGUCCUGACAUCAGUCAGAGGCUGAUCGUGAUCACAGAUGGCGAGGCCAAAGACGAGGUCAUAGGCCCCGCUGAGGCUCUGAGGAAAAAGGGAGUGGUAGUCUACGCCAUCGGAGUGGUGGACGCCAACACCACCCAGCUGGUUGAUAUCAGCGGCUCAACAGACAGGGUGUAUUCUGAGAAAAACUUUGAUGCGCUGAAGGACUUGGAGAGCAAGGUGGCUUCGGAGCUCUGCCGGAAAGAUUGUACAAUAAAUAAAGCUGACAUUAUUUUCCUGGUGGACAGCUCCAAAAGCAUUGAUGAUACAGAGUAUGGAAGCAUGCGGAUCUUUAUGGAGUCAAUAGUGAAACAAACCACAGUUGGCAAGGACAAGACUCGUUUUGGGCUAAUUUCCUACUCCGAUCUACCCCAGCAUCAUUUUUCUUUGCACGACUAUGACUCCAGACGAAAAGUCCUUGAAGCAUUACCAAAGCAGAAGCCAACAGAAGGAGACACCCACACGGGCGAGGCCUUGCAAUUCUCGUUGCAGUACUUUAGCGCUGCAAAUGGUGGCCGUAAAGCACUCAAAGUUCCGCAGAUUCUCAUGGUGAUCACAGACGGGGCUGCCACCAACCCUUACAUCUUAGAAGAGCACUCUGAUGCACUGCGAGCCAACGGGAUCAUCGUCAUUAGUGUCGGAGUGAAAGAAGCAAACAUUGAUCAGCUGGAGACUAUGGCUGGUGGCGACAAAUCCAAAGUUUUCUUUGUGGACAAUUUUAAGGCGCUAGAAACUCUGUACGAAAAAAUUUCUCCUGCCCUCUGCAAUACCACAAAGCCAGCUUGCAAGAGUGGCGAUUUUGUCUUCCUACUUGAUCGGUCUAGCAGCAUCGACCAAGACAAACACAAUAUCAUGAAAAACUUCACGACAACAUUAGUCGACAGCUUUGAAGUCGGUGAAAGGUUUGUGCAUAUUGGACUUUGCCAGUUCAGUGACUAUCCUAAUGAUGAGUUUUACCUCAACAAGUACUACAAUAAGAAGGAUGUGAACACUAAAAUCCUUAAUGCAGAUUACACAGGUGGAGACACCUACUUAGGGAAAGCCUUGGAUCACAUUAAGAAUUACUUUGAGGAGUCGCAGGGCAGCCGUGACCAGGUCCCCAAAAAUCUGGUGGUGAUCACAGAUGGUGAUUCUCAUGAUGACGUGGAGGACGCAGCUGACAUUCUCAGGGAUCGGAACAUUAGGGUAUUUACCAUCGGCGUUGGAGACGUCCACGACAUGCAGCUCCUGCAGAUUGCUGGCACCCCAGAGAGGAUGUUCACUGUGCGGAACUAUGAUGUUUUGCACUCUAUCAAGGAAAGGGUGGUCAACGUCAUGUGCGAUCAACCGCCACCCCCACCGCCACCCCCACCGCCACCCCCAAGAAACUGCACCAUCGAUAUCGCCAUAGGAUUCGAUAUUUCUCAAAGGACCGGAGCUCUUGGUGAGAUGCUGAUCAGCGGCCACACCAAGCUCCAGAACUUUCUGCCACAGAUCCUCAAUUACGUUUCCUCAUUAAAAGACCUGUGCUGUGUUGGCCCCACACCCGUCAAGCCCAACAUCGCCUUCCAAGUGGUAGAUAGAGAUGGGCGUACCUUGUACGACACAAACUUUGAGGGCUACAGCGUGGACGUGGAGAAUAAAGUCAUGUACCUGCCGAUGACAGAACCUUCCUAUUUCAACACUGCCAUGCUAAACUCCUUCAAGGAGAGGUUCAAGAUCAAGUCCAAAGCUCAUGUGAAGGUGCUGGUGAUCUUCUCAGAUGGACUCGAUGAAGACGUGAUGAAACUGCGGCAUGAAUCAGAGCUGCUGCGGAAGUCUGGGGUGAGCGCUCUGCUGACGGUGGCUCUGCAGGGGGUGCGUGACCCCGCCCAGCUGCAGAUGGUGGAGUUUGGCCGAGGAUUCGGCUACAAGCUUCCUCUCAGCAUCGGCAUGCAGAGCGUCGGCAGCGCCAUCCUCAAACAGAUCGACGCAGUAUCAGAUAGGGAGUGCUGCAACGUCAUGUGCAAAUGUUCGGGAUAUGAAGGCAUCCCCGGCCUUUGGGGCCCCCCGGGGACAAAGGGUUCGCAUGGAUUGCCGGGCCAGCCGGGCUUCCCGGGAGACGAGGGAGCUCCUGGUGAGCGAGGGCUGCCUGGACCCGUCGGACCGCCGGGCAUCGAGGGUUGUCCCGGAGCCAGAGGACAGAAGGGCAGCAGAGGAGUAUCGGGCGACAGGGGGACGGACGGAGAAAAAGGACUGGACGGAAUCGACGGAGAGCAGGGAGUGACGGGAACAGAUGGAGCUAAAGGGCCGAGAGGAGACCCAGGAAACCCAGGUAUCCCGGGUAUCAGAGGGGAAAAGGGGCUGAAAGGAGAGCGAGGACUCAGAGGAGAUCCGGGGGAACCGGGGGCUGAUAGCACCAUCAGAGGACCCAAAGGAGAACGCGGCUACCCAGGUUUACCGGGUUCCCCUGGACAGGACGGGGAGCCAGGUGCUAGGGGAGACGUUGGAAACCCGGGUCCAGAUGGAAGAAGAGGCACCGCGGGAGGGAAGGGUACACCGGGACCGCCGGGAGAGCCAGGACUUCCGGGCAGCCCAGGAGCCGCUGGAUCACAGGGACGCAGGGGAGGAAACGGAGACCAAGGACCGAAAGGAAUCGCUGGCUUCCCUGGACGUCAGGGUGAACCGGGAUCAGCUGGAGCCACGGGACAACCUGGACGUCGCGGCCCUACCGGACCGAAGGGCCAACCAGGAGACCCGGGUGUUAAGGGGAGUACGGGACCAGUGGGACCGAUAGGACCGCCGGGUCAGGAUGGCCAAGACGGUUAUGGAACUAAAGGGUCCAAAGGCGUUAAGGGAGAUCCUGGUUUCCCUGGUUACCCUGGUCUAGUGGGUGAGGACGGUGUGAAAGGAACCAAAGGAUACCCAGGACGUGACGGGAACCAUGGCCGAGGGGGGAAUUCAGGGCUGCCGGGAGAGCCAGGCGUGCCUGGAGAUUCGGGAUAUGACGGACACAGGGGUGCCAAAGGUCCUCCUGGAACCUCAGCCAUGACUGAGUGCCAGAUGAUCACCUACAUCAAAGACAACUGUGUAUGUUGCAAAGGUGAAUCAAAGUGCCCGGCCUACCCCACCGAGCUGGUGUUCGGUCUGGACGUAUCGCAGGACGUGACCCCGGCAGCCUUCGAGAGGCAGCGCUCCGCCCUCAUCUCCCUGCUGGAGGGCAUCACCAUCUCUGAGAGCAACUGUCCGACGGGCGCUCGCGUCACCGUGGUGACUUACAACGCCAACACCAACUAUGUGAUCCGCUUCCAGGACUACCAGCGCAAGACUCAGCUGAUCGAAGAGGUGAAGAGCAUCACUCUGAAGAGCACGACCAGCCUGCGCAAUCUGGGGGCUGCCAUGCGAUUUGUGGCUCAUAACGUCUUCAAACGUACUCGUAAGGGACUGAUGAUAAGGAAGGUGGCUGUCUUCUUCUCCGGUGGGCCGUCAGAGGAUAAUUCCGAGAUUGUCACCGCCAUGAUGGAGUACCGAGCCCUCAAAAUCGUCCCAGCGGUCAUCUCUCUGCGAAGCGCUCCGGACGUUGAACGAGCGAUAAAGGUCGACGACACAGGACACUCUUUGUUCAUCGUGCUGAGAAGGGACAUGGCUGCUGACCUGCAGAAGGUCAAGAACUGUACGAUCUGUUACGACCCCUGUAGGCGUUCAGAGAUGUGCCCCUCGAUCCAGGACGCCCUGACACCUCAAGAAGUCAACGUGGACCUGGUCCUGGUGCUGGACGGCUCCAGGGAGAUGCAGGCCGAUGAGUAUGCCGGUGGCCAGCAGCUGCUGGGCUCUGUGGUGGAACAUCUGGCCGUGAGCCAACAGCCCCGCAGGGCCGACAGCCAGGCCCGGGUGGCUGUAGUCCAGAGCGGUACCAAAGAUCCCCAGCUGGAGUUUGACCUGGAGACGUACCAGAGCAGCACACUGAUGCGGAAGCACCUGAUGGAGAACAUGGCGCAGCGGGGCGGCUCCUCACUGCUGGGAAAGACGCUGGACUUCACCCUGAAGGAGGUGCUGAUGAAGGCCGGCCAGCCUCGGAGGAGGAGGGCGCUGCUGGCCGUGGUGGGCACCAAGACGGCCUCCGAGGACCGAGAUAGGCUGGACUGGAUCGCCUCUAGAGCCUACUGUGACGGCGUGGCGCUGUUUGUGGUGACGGUGGGCAAGCGUUACGACCGGGUGCAGGUGGAGAAGCUGGCCGGUUGGCCCGUAGCGCAGCACCUGAUCCACCUGGAAAGACUGAAGGCCGACGAGCAGAGCUACGCCCAGCGCUUCUUCAGAGUCUUCCUCUCCACCCUCAGCAAGGGAAUAAACGUGUAUCCUCGUCCAUCAUUUAAAGAAGACUGCAACAGGCUGAAGGAACCAGACUGGUUUUUGGAUAAUGACAACGGUCAGGGGUCGGCGAUGCUGGCCGACGAGUUUGUUGAGGAGAUGGAGGAGAGGUUUCGGGUGCAGACCACGCAGCUGGACCUCAUCGCCAGUGUGACCCCAGGGGACGGCCAGAGCUUCUUCUCAGAUGAGAACCUCAGCGAUGCAGUCAACCUGAUGACGCCGGAGCCGACCAGCCACGUCUCUAAAGAUGCAGUCAACCUGAUGACGCCGGAGCCGACCAGCUACGUCUCUAAAGACACUUGUCUCCUGCGCCCGGACGCCGGCGGCUGCCAGAACUACACCAUAAGCUGGUUCUUUGACACCGAUCAGGGGAGAUGCUCUCGCUUCUGGUACGGCGGCUGCGGUGGCAACGGAAACCGCUUCAACACCCUGACUGAGUGCCAGAGCCUCUGUGUGACGAAGGGUCAGUUAGUAGGAAGAAAAGGAGGAAGAGGAGGAAGAGGAGGAAGAGGAGGAAGAGGAGGUGUCGUUGUGAGACAUCGUCGCCUGGACCAGUUGAAGAAAACGGCUGUGUUGCACUGAACACGAAGCGUAAUAAAAUACAUGCAAGCUGAGGCUGCUCUGGGAUGUUUAAACUGCAAACCGAAACACAUCAGGGAGAGUUUAAACUGUUCCAAAGCGCUUCUUUCUCGGAACCAGUUACCUUGAAUUUGUUUCCUCGAACAUUCAUGUUUUGGGGGGGGUUUCCAAUAGAAGAGUACCUUUUUUCAUUUUCUCUUGGACCUUGUUUUGUGUGGCACCUUUACUGGUAUUUUCCACCUUGUUCUCUAUCUGACUGAUGCUCAACAAGGACUUGAGCUGCCUCUUUCAGGAUAUACUGUAUGUUGUUAUUUUUUAAUCAACCAGGUGCUAUUUUCUGAAGGAAGAUAAAUUGCAGCGGGUCAAAAGCCACAACAAAUAAAAUAAAAGGAAAAUUGACAUACCAGGAAAUUGGCAUACAGGUCACAUUCGUCUGGAUUUAGUAA